AUGUGGAGAGCUUGUGGAGAAAUUUCUGAAGUUGAAGGUGGUCGGAUAUACGUGCAGUUUAAUUCGACAAAUUCGUGUAAAGUCGAUCAACCUAUUAGGAUUUAUGACGAAGAAGGCGUAAUCACGAGUCCUGGAUAUGAUGGAAAAACUUUUUAUCCAAAAAAUGUCAACUGUUCAUGGAUUUUGAUUGCACCUGAGAAUAAGAGAAUACAAGUCGACUUUGAAGAUUUUUCUAUAGAAUAUUCAUUUCAAUGUGCAUUUGAUGGCUUAUUAAUAUUUGAUGGAGAUUCUAUCAAAUCACCUUUACUAAUUCAGGCUUGUGGUUCUACUCCUCCCAGACGAAUAAUUUCUUCUGGUAAUGCUUUAUAUUUCGUCUUUUAUACAGAUGAGGUUAGAAGUUUUCACGGGUUCAAACUCAAUUUUAAUCAUAUAAAUAAACUAAUUACAUGUUCAGAAAAUCAACUUAUUUGUAGAAACAGGAACUGUGUAAAUUUAACUUCAAUUUGUAAUUAUGUGGAUGAUUGUAAAGAUGGAACAGAUGAAGAAAACUGCAGCUAUCGAUUAUCGAAAAAAACGAUAUGUGGUCGGCCUUACUUUAAUCCUAAUUUGGAAAAUAAUAGAAUAGUAGGAGGAACUAAAGCAGUUCCAGGAAGUUGGCCUUGGCAAGUUUCUUUGCGAUUUCAUUCGGCGGAACCGUAUGGACAUGUUUGCGGAGGAUCUCUACUUAAUCGGGAAUGGGUAGUAACAGCUGCUCAUUGCUUUCGGGAUUUAUAUAACACAUCAUUGUGGAGUGUCAGUUUGGGCAAAUAUCAUAAAUUCAAAGAGGACAAAACUCAACUAAUUCGUUACAUCAGAAAGCUUUUCAUCCAUGAAAAGUAUCUUGCUAAAGUAAAAAAUCUGGAAAAGGCUAACAGCAAAGACAACGAUAUAGCAUUGAUUAAAUUAAAUGCUCCAGUUCAAUUCACAAAAUUCAUUCAACCAAUAUGUUUGGCAAAAAAAUCACCUUCCAAAAGUACAAUUUGUUAUGUUACUGGAUGGGGCGAAACUUUGGGAACUAGCUAUCCUGACGUUCUGAAACAAGUAGCCGUACCAAUUAUCUCAUAUAAAAAAUGUAAACAGUUAUACAAGAAUAUUUUUGAUAUUAACGAAAAAAUGAUUUGUGCAGGCCAUAAAGAAGGACGUCUUGAUUCUUGCAAGGGAGAUAGUGGAGGACCAUUAGUCAUGAAGAAAAAAGGAAUCUGGUAUUUAGUUGGAAUUGUUUCAUCUGGAAAAAGCUGUGCUGAAGUAAAGUAUCCUGGUAUCUAUACAAAAGUAACAAGUUAUGUUAAGUGGAUCAAAAAAACAAUGAAAAGAAAC